UGGGCAUUAUUUCGGCAUUUUGUGCCUAAAAUUUUGGUAGGAUUUGUCAGUUUUUUUGCCUAAGCGGGGCAGGAUCUCUAAUUUAAGGUUGGUCACACUGCCUACACCUUUUUUUAUUCAAAAUCCGAGUUGGCAACACUGGUUGCGGUGCCUAGUGCCUUUUUCAGAAAUUCCAAAGUAUUAAAAUUUUGUAAUUAUUAGUUUCCUAGAUGGGGUCACGGCAAGUAAUUGAAAAGUCUUUAACAUUACUGAGAUCUUUGCCCCGUGUCUCACUAAAUAAUAUUCGUGAUAAUCCAGGAUCCAAACGAACACAAAAGAGAGGGAGAGCACAACAUGGAGGAGAUAAGCAUGGAUGUGGCAAUAAAGGAUCAGGUCAAAGACAAAAUUUUAUGAGGAUUGGAUAUGAAACUGGGACUAAUCCUUUCUAUUUAAGAGUUCCACAAGAACAUUAUUAUAAAGGACAUCACUAUAGAAGACAAUAUCCUCCUUUAUCACUACGGAUACUUCAAGAAAUGAUUGAUACAGAUCGUGUAGAUGUUACAGCUCCUAUUGAUAUUGCGAGCAUUGUAAAAACUGGUCUUUAUAACUUUUUUCCUGACCAAAAACAUUUUGGUAUUAAUUUAACAGAUGAAGGAGCAGAUACUUUUGAAGCAAAAAUUAAUAUAGAGGUGCAGUGGGCGAGUGAACUAGUUAUUGCAGCCAUUGAAAAAAAAGGAGGUGUUAUUUCAACAGCAUAUUAUGAUCCUCACAGCCUAUUCUUACUUAAAAAUCCUAAGAUUUUUUUUGAAUCUGGGCAAGCUAUUCCACGAAGAAUGAUUCCUCCACAAGAUGCGAUCGAAUACUAUACAAGUGCAGAAAAUCGUGGUUAUCUUGCCGAUCCUGAUCAAAUAUCACAAGCCAGAAUCAAAUUAGCCCAAAAAUAUGGAUAUCAAUUACCUAUUAUCGAAAAUGAUUCUGAUUACAAUAUUUUAAGCGAAAGAAAAGAUCCAAGACAAAUUUUUUAUGGACUAGAACCUGGGUGGGUUAUAAAUUUAAAGGAUGAGUGUAUACUUAAACCUAAAGAUGAAGAAUUGUUAAGAUUUUAUUCUUUGUAGAUGUGAUAAGGCUCGAAACAAACUUUCAAUAGAAUUUAGUCAUAAAAAUAC